UUCAAAAGUCAAAAGGAUCGAAUCGAACCGGUUCAUUCGAAUUUCAAUUUUAACUCCCCCACUUUCAAACUUUGUCACGUCCCUCCAUAUUUCCUUCUCCCCAAAAAAUUCCCUCUCAAUCUCUAGGGUUUUCUCCAUAAUUCUUGCACAAAUGUCAACAUCCACAGUCUCCAUAUCAGCCAAUCCAGCCUCGGGUCCGACCCGUCGCCGAGCCGUCGAGAAAAAACAACCUAACCUAGAUUUAACCGACUCCAACUUAGCCGCCGCCACCGCCGCCGCCGUUGAUCCAAUCAGAACCGACGGUCGAGAUGCGAUUCAAGUGGUUAAGAAACCCUUGCCCAAUACUAGUGUUCCGAUAUCAUCUACCCGGCGCACUACCGGCUCGGCUCCUAAGAAACACUCUAAGCCGCCUAAACCGAGGUGGUUAACUGUGGUUAGUGUAUUAACUAAGAAUUUGUUGUUGGUUCUUGUCGUACUUGGUUUAAUUCAGAUUGUUCGUAGAGUUAUUGGGAAUUUAUAUAAGGAGGAUGAUUCUGAUGGUUUUUCUGUAAUUUCGGGUGAUUUCGAUGGGAAGUUUGCGGAAAUGGAAUCGUUUGUUAAGAAAACGACGAAAAUGAUGCAAGUUCAGAUUGAUGUAAUUGAUUCGAAAAUUGAUUCGGGGAUUAAGAAUGUGAGGGAGGAGUUGAAUGUGAAGGUGGAUGGUAAAGUAGGGGAAUUGGAGUUGAAGUUGAAGGAAGUGAGUGGCGAAAACGAGAAUUUAGGGAAGUUGAUGGGUGAAUUUAGAGAGAAAAAUUGGGUGUCGAGGGACGAGGUGGAGAGUAUAUUGGAGGAAUAUAGGAAGGCGAAAGGGAGUAGUGAAGUUGAUGAUAAGAGUUUGGAUGAAUUUCGGGUGUAUGCGAGGGAGAUAGUUGAGAAAGAGAUUGAGAAACAUGCUGCUGAUGGAUUAGGGAGAGUGGAUUAUGCGUUGGGAUCGGGUGGGGCUCGUGUAGUGAAGCAUUCAGAGCCGUUUAUUACGAAAUCUGGCGGUGGUGGUGAUGUUUUUAGUCGGUUAACUAACCGGAAUGCUGUUAGUAAUGAUGCUCAGAAGAUAGUUACACCCAGUUUUGGAGAACCUGGUCAGUGUUUUCCUCUUAAAGGGGAUACCGGGUUUGUCCAGAUUAGGCUCCGGACAGCUAUUAUACCUGAAGCUGUCACCUUGGAACAUGUUGCAAAGAGUGUUGCUUACGAUAGGUCCAGUGCUCCGAAGAACUGCAGGGUAUCAGGAUGGCUUCAUGAUCAAAAAGAGACUGAUCUAGCAGCCAGUAGUGAGAAGAUGUUCCUUUUGACGGAAUUCAUAUAUGAUCUGGACAAGAGCAAUGCUCAGACUUUCAAUGUUUUAGAGUCUGCAGGCUCUAGUCUCAUCGACACAAUCAGGUUUGAUUUCACAUCCAACCAUGGAAAGCCACACACAUGCAUCUAUAGAUUGAGGGUACAUGGCCGUGAACCAAACUCCUUGAUAAUGCAGUCUUGAUGGUAAAAUGAUUUAAAUUAUUUUGACAUUCCUCUCCUUAACAAUGUAGUGCUUUUGUGUCAUUCUGGUAGAAACCCAAUCCUACAUGUGAGUUGUAAUCUUUUGGCUAAGUAUGGACUUAAGAUUCUUGCCCUUUUGUCAUUUACCAGUAUUGAGUUUGGGCUAGGUGUAAAAAUGUCUUGUUCCUUUCGGCUCCCGAACUGCUGUAAAAUUGAUGAUUUGAUUCCCUUCUAUGAGAUGUAAAGAUGAUGACUGUCGUGUAAAAUCCCUUCAUUUUUAUUAUUGUUUUUUUUCCC